AUGUUUGUUCUGACAACAACGACUGAUAUUUUUUAUCUCACACACACGCAGGUGCUCGCGCUGAACGAAGAGAUUGGCAAAGAAGGAGAAGAAAAAGAAACACCACUGACGAUCGACCGAAACGCGAAAGUGGAAGAGAUCGACAGUCGAGCGAUCAUGGACUAUUUGAUCUUCGAUCGCGGAAGCGUUCUCGAUCUCGAGGAAGGCGAGAAGGAAGAGAAGGAAGAUAUCGGGGAGUGCGCGUUCGGUCCGGGGAGCGCGUCGGCGCUGAAGAAGAAGUACAGGAUGAACGAAGGGAAGGUGAAGAGAGCGGUGAUGAGUGUUCAAGAUUGGGGGUUGGAAGAGGGAGUGGAGAGCCGGAAAUUUUAUCCGAUCGUUGGAAGCGAAGAAGAAGACGAGGAGGAUGAGGAGGAAAUUACGCCUCAGUUUAUCGGGAACGACGACGUUAAUAAUGAGUAUCAUUCGGACGAGGAGGAUAUUAUUGGGACGACGAUGUGCGCGAAGAGAAGACGAGGUAACACUCCUGGGUCGACGCUCGUAAGAGUGAUCGAUAAAGAUCAAGUGCCGACGUCGGACGGUAGACGCGCGACGAUUCCCUUUGAUCUUCACGGCGGAAUGGACGACGACGAUAAAACGUUAUCACCGUUCCACAUUCACGGAAAAAGACACAGUGAAGAUGAGUGGCGCGGAGGAGAAUCGUAUCUCUGCGAUAAGUUGCGUCGUAAUCCAACCAUGGCGCGGUUGAAUAUUUCGAGGUUCGCGGCGGAGAUGAUAUGCCGCGAGCUUUCCAAUAAGGAGAACAACAACAACAGUAAGGUCGUGUCGCCGAUAGACGAAGAAGAAGAAGAAGAAAACGAAGUUCAGAAAACACCACGAGGAGGAGUUGGCGAGAAAAAGAAGAGAAAGCUUGGCGGGAAUUUCUCUCUCGUGCGCACGGUUGAAAGAGGUUGA